AACCCGGAGUGCGUGACGUCACAGCCUCACUACUUCCCCGGAGCCACAAAGGGCGCCGCUCCUCCUCUGACCUCACAAACACACCUCUCCGUAAGGGGUGGGGUUACGCCCCUUAGGGGCCCAUCCCUUGCGGGGCCAGACGCGCCCCCUGGCCCUUCUCCCCCUCCUACCUCACGGUGGCAGCCAUGAAGGGGACCCCCAGCUCCCUGGAAACCCUGCUGUGGGUCUACCGCUUCCACAGCUCCACGGAGGUGGCCCUCCAGCCCCCGCUUCUAUCUUCUCUGGAACUCGCUGUGGCCGCAGCCCAUGAAUAUCUGGAGCAGAGGUUCAGAGAGCUGAAAUCCCUGGAGCCACAGAAGCCAAAGGAGCCGAAGAAGCCGCCCGUCCCGCAGCCCACCCUGGGGCUAGUGCUCAGAGAAGCCGCGGCCAGCAUCAUGAGCUUCGGCGCCACCUUGUUAGAGAUCUCAGCCCUGUGGCUGCAGCAGGAGGUGCGGCGACUAGACGGCGGCAACGGCGGCCCGAGCCCAGGCCCAGAGGCCGGGGAUCCGGGUGGAGCGCUGGCCCGGGUAGCCCACGCCGCGGGGCAGGGGGCUCGGCAGGCGGGGGCUGCCGCGGGCGCGAGCGCCCGGCUCCUCCUCCAGGGGACGUGGCUGUGCCUGUGUGGACGGGGUCUGCAGGGGUCCGCCUCGUUCCUGCAACAGUGGCGACGCCAGCUGGGCCUCGGAACCCCCGGGGAACCGAGAUACUCAGGAGACCUCAAAGUGGCGUCCAGCAGCAGUGCGGAGGACGGGGGACCAGAGAAUCCACCACCGUCCCACCCCACCCCGGGUCCAAGUAAAUAAAGCCCAGGAGCCGACCAGCCAGCCACGGCUGCUCC